GUUGACAGAGAUAGAAAGUUUCGGUCGCCGAUUGGGUUCGAGUUGUACGCUAUAUUUCGUUUAUUCGAUUUUCAAUUAAAACACAAACGCAAGAAUAUGCAACGCCAAUUGUUUGCGCUCUGCCUCAUUGCCGUCGCCUGUGCAACUGGCGCCCAGGGCAGCUGCAAGGCCACGUUGAGUGCCUUCAGCACGCAGGAUGCAACAAUUCUGACCCAGCUGGCGCAUGUGGCCGAAUUCACGUUGCAGUGCAGCAACUCGGCCCAGCCCAGUCUGUUUGCCGAGUUCCCAUGCGGCAAGGUGGUGCCCGUUGCCAAGGUGGGCGACAGCAAAUACCAGGUGAGCUGGGUGGAGGACAUCAAGCAGGGCAGCAGCGGCAACGUGCAGGUGCGUCUCUUCGACGAGGACGGCUAUGCCAAUGUGCGCAAGGCACAGCGCGAUGGCGAUAAGGUGUCGUCGGUCAAGUCCCUGCUGGACAUCACGGUUCCCACAAAGGGCGCGUACAAGGGACCCUGGAUUAAGGCGGAGCUGCUCGCCGCCUUGCUUGUGGGCGGCGUCGCCUACUUUGCCUUCACCACCAAGAGCAAGGUUCAGUCCUAAGGCCAAGCAUGUGCCUGGGAUUGGAUGCGCGUCGACUUCCUGAAUGAAAUUCAUUCACCAUACCAAGUAGUAACAAAUUAACGACAUUAUUAGCGAUUCGCAUGCCUGGAACACGUCGGAUGGGCUGCCUAUCUAGUGUAGCAUUUUCUAGAGAUUUUCCACAUUUUUUAUCAUUAAGUCUUAAAGUUCGAGAAUCGUGUAAAUAAAAUGUCAAAAGUCCAUCAACCAGAA